AUGACUUUUUUCGGGCUUGGGCAAACAGCGGAGUUGGAAAUAGUGUUAGAUCGGCCGGAUGGAAAAAAGAAACUAGACGAAAGCAGUAAAAAAGAUCAAAGUUUAAUAUAUUAUGAUGGAGAAACCGUAUCUGGAAGAGUUAAUGUAAUACUAAAAAAGUCAAGCAGUCGUUUGGAACAUCAGGGUAUUAAAGUUGAAUUCAUAGGCCAAAUAGAAAUGUACUAUGAUCGAGGUAACCAUCAUGAGUUUACAUCACUAGUCAAGGAACUGGCCAGGCCUGGAGAAAUGUUGCAGAAUACUUCAUAUAAUUUUGAAUUUUUAAAUGUAGAAAAACCAUAUGAGACAUACACUGGUUCUAAUGUGAGGCUGAGGUACUUUUUGAGGGUUACCGUCAUACGAAGAAUCUAUGACAUAGUUAAAGAAAUGGAUAUUAUAGUUCAUACUUUAUCCUCUUAUCCUGAUAUGAAUAAUAGUAUAAAAAUGGAAGUAGGAAUUGAAGAUUGUUUACAUAUUGAGUUUGAAUACAAUAAGUGCAAAUAUCACUUGAAAGAUGUAAUUGUAGGUAAAAUUUAUUUUCUACUAGUGCGAAUAAAGAUAAAACACAUGGAAAUUGCAAUAAUUAAAAGGGAAACUACUGGAUCUGGUCCCAAUACAUUUAAUGAAAACGAAACUAUAGCUAAAUAUGAAAUAAUGGAUGGAGCACCUGUUAGGGGAGAAAGUAUUCCUAUUAGAGUAUUUCUUGCCGGUUAUGAUCUCACACCUACUAUGAGAGAUGUAAACAAGAGGUUUUCAGUGAGAUACUUUUUAAAUCUUGUUUUAAUGGAUGAAGAAGAUAGACGCUAUUUUAAACAACAAGAAAUAACAUUAUGGCGGAAAGGAGAAAAACAUUUAAAAGGAAUGCAAAAUCGUAAUGAACCUUCUCAUUUAGUCUCUGGUAAAGAUGGACCUAAAGGAAGUGAAGCUCCACGAACUACAACUCAAUCAGUUCAACCAUCUGGUUCAAUUGACAAUACUGACUCGGAAAAUGAUCAUAACCAUUCCCCAAUGAAUGAAGGUGAUGAUGAACAAAUACGUUCAUCAAUUGAGGAUAGUACUAGUGAAUAA